CCUUACAUUCAUCAUCAUCAUCAUCAUCAUCAUCAUCAUCUGUCUGCCAAUCCCAGUCCCGCCAAAGUCUUCUCUGUUCACUCUUCAGUUCCUUCGUGCUCCUUCUUCACCGUUAGAAAUGGAAGCAUCAAAGGCCACAAUAGCAAUCUGCGUUCCGGCGGCGAUUCUAGUUCUGGUGUGGGCAUGGAAGGUGGUGAACUGGCUGUGGCUGAGGCCGAAGAAGCUCGAGAGGCUGCUCAGACAGCAAGGCCUUCAAGGCAAUCCAUAUACGCUUCUUACUGGGGAUUCAACUCAAAUGUUUAACAUGCAUAUGCAAGCCAAAUCCAAACCCAUGAAUCUUUCCCACGAUAUCAUCCCUCGUGCUUCCUCCUUUGUCAAUGAAAUAGUCAACAAAUACGGAAAGAGCACUUUCAUUUGGAUCGGACCAAUACCAAGGAUAAUUAUUUCAGAUCCCGUUCUAUUCAAAGAAGUAAUGAGCAAGGUUUAUGACUACCCCAAACCUCAUUCGAAUCCACUGAUCAGGUUACUAGCCGCGGGUCUUGCAGACUAUGAUGGUGAGAAGUGGACUAAGCAUAGAAGGAUUAUCAAUCCUGCAUUUAAUGCAGAAAAAUUGAAGAUCAUGUUGGCUACAUUCUUUGAAAGCUUCAACAACAUGGUUGACGAGUGGGAGAAAAUGUUGUCCUUACAUGGCUCUUGUGAAAUGGACGUAUGGCCUUUUCUUCAGAAUGUGACUUGUGAUGUUAUUUCUCGAACAGCUUUUGGAAGUAGCUAUAAAGAAGGAAAAAGAAUAUUUGAACUUCUAACGGAGCAAGGUGAACUUGUAAUGAAAGCUUUAUUGAAAGUCUAUAUUCCUGGAUACAGGUUUCUACCAACUGGUGCUAAUAGGAGGAUGAACAAAAAUCACAGAGAUAUACGAGCUUCACUUAAGGAUAUAAUCAACAAAAGAGAGAAAUCAAUGGAGGCAGGUGAAGCCCCAAAGGAUGAUUUAUUAGGCAUACUUUUGGAGUCAAAUCACAAGGAAAUUCAAGAACGUGGAAACAAGGAUGAUGGUAUGACUAUUGAAGAUGUAAUUGAGGAAUGCAAGCUUUUCCACUUUGCAGGGCAAGAGACUACAUCUGUUCUGCUAGUCUGGACAAUGGUGUUGCUCAGUAGAUACCCUGAUUGGCAAAAAAAAGCAAGGGAGGAAGUCUUGCAAGUAUUUGGGAACCAAAAACCAGACUUUGAUGGCUUAAAUCAUCUUAAGAUUGUGACCAUGAUUUUGUAUGAGGUUCUGAGGCUAUACCCACCGAUACUUUUGCUUGCUAGAACUGCUCUUAAGGAUAUGAAACUUGGACACCUGACAAUACCUGCAGGAGUGCAGCUUUCUUUACCGAUAGGUUUGAUUCACCAUGACUGUGAACUGUGGGGUGAUGAUGCAAAGGAAUUCAAACCAGAGAGAUUCUCAGAAGGAGUUCUAAAGGCAACAAAAGGGCAAGCUUCAUUCUUUCCGUUUGGAUGGGGUCCAAGAAUAUGUAUUGGGCAAAACUUUGCCAUGCUGGAAGCAAAGAUGGCUCUGUCUUUGAUUCUACAACGCUUCUGGUUUGAGCUUUCCCCAACAUAUGCUCAUGCUCCAACUUCUGUGAUUACUCUUAGGCCCCAGUAUGGUGCUCAAAUCAUAUUGCAUAAACUUUGAGUGUUGGACUGAUGUUAAAAAUAUGUAUAAAUGAAUAUAUGGAUAGACAGAUGGAUGUAAACUAGCUGGUUUUCACUUGGGCAAGACCCCGCGUUUGUUUUCUGUUACCGUACUUUUUCACAGUUGAAUUGACUUGCAUCAGCAGUCUUUGAUUGA